AUCAGAUUUGUGCCAAAAUUAUCAAACAAAACUUUUUAAAUCGUAAAUCAAAAACGAGAAUAUAUAUGAGAAUAAAACACAAUGAAGCAAAAAAAAUGUCAUCUCAAAAGUAAAACUUAGUAUCUGUAAGAAAGUAAACCUUACUGAAGCAAAAAAAUUCAUCUCAAAAGAAAAAAAUUAUUACUUGCAAAACAAUUAUUUGCUUACGGGUCUCUCGGAUUGUAUCUCGCUGAUCAGGUUUUUGCUCUCAGAUUCAGUUUUGCAGUUACGCUUCCAGCUCUCUCCUUUGCGCUGCCUGACUUUUUGUUUGCGAUUCUGGCACAAACGUUUCGCGUGGGCGGGGUUUUCUAGGGGCUGUCCCCAUUGGCUAAUUGGGUAUUGAGCGGCAGCUCUGUGCUCCGGAAGUUGUUCUGUAAAACGGGCGCGCAAUUUUCAGUGUGGGGGACGCUCUGACCGGCGGCGGCAGCAGCGGCGGAGGCGGACAUCAGAGCACAACAGAUCGAUAAAAACGUAACAACUGGGAGAUCUGAGUAGGACCCGAGACUACCAUGCAGUCCCAGCAAGGUUCUACACCUGUUACUGAGGCUGCUGCAGCAUCUGUACAGAACAUACUUUCAAUUUUGAACCAGUCACUGGGCAAGGCCAGCACAGAUAACAACAAGGAACAGAAUUCCGGGAAGCAUCCAAGCAUGGAUCAGGAAAUGGCCAGGUGUUUUCCUGGAUUUUUUAGACGGGGGUCAAAGCGAUGUGCAGUAAGCUUGAAUAAACCAUCAAAGGUGGCCAAAGAAUGGAAGCCAUUUAAUUUUACAGUUUUCCUUGUUCACAAAAGCUGUGAGACAACACCCUCACCAGUUCAGGACCUGGAGCACAUGCAGGCUGGGAUGGGGAAAAGAACCCUUUUCAUGCCUAAAGACAUGAUUCAUUCAGAGGUCUCUGACUUGUUUAAAAUGACAUAUCCAAAAAUGGAAAAAAUCACUGGAGGGUGGCUGUUGUACAAAGCAGCUGGUGGAAAUGGAAAACGACCUCUAUCUGUAGUACCUCCUGAAUCUGAGGGUUACACAGGAAGCAUAAUUAAAAGUGCCUCUGGAGGGGGGAAAACCAUGCUGUACAUUGUCCCAUUACAAGAGGAAUUUGAUUUACGGCCUCUUCCCUGUGAUUCUCAGGAAUUUUCACGCAUGCCAAAGGCUGAAUGCAAAAUGUGUCUUAAAAUUUUGCCUUUGCAGCUCCUUGCACUCCAUGUGAAGCAGUGUAAAGCACUGGAAUAUGACACACUUUCAGAUUCUGAACCAGAGAUAACUGAGGUGCCCACUUCUGAAAAGAAUCCAUCAGAUAAUUCCUGCCCCAUAUGCCAGAAACACUAUCCAGCAGAAGAUCUUGAACUACAUGCCAGUGUCUGUGGGGACUGGGAGAGGAACAUGGACAGUCCUGUGCCUUUUCUGGAUGGCAGUCCUACUGAAUUGAAGGAACCACAAAAUACAUUUUUAAGUGAGGAGGAUGUCCUGCGAUGGCUGGCAACUCAGGUUGACCCCAGCAAAGAGUUCGCCAUCUGUGUGUCUAGAAUGAAUCUACUGGAACGUGGUCUGAUGCUGUGGCAGCGCCAGAAGUACAGCUCGCCAGUCAACCCCUUGAAGGUGACAUUCAUAGGAGAACCUGGGGUUGACAGUGGUGCUUUGCGGAAAGAAUUUCUGACAGAGAUGAUUGCCGGCAUAGAAAUGCGUCUGUUUGAGGGAGAGGAUGGCAAGGGAAAAAUGCCCAAGUACUCUCUAAAUGACCUGGACAAUGGCCUCUUUCGAGUUGCUGGGGAAAUAUUUGCAGUAAGCCUCGCACAGGGUGGCCCAGCACCAAAGUUUUUACAAGAAUGGUGCUACAAUUUCCUUUUGACUGGAAACCUAGAAAAUGUUUCCAGAGACCAUAUACAUGACCUGGAGCUCUCAUCACUCAUCAAGAUGGUUGAAGAAACAUCAGACUUGUCAUCAUGCACAGAACAAAUUCUCAACUGUGGCUACACUGGACCUAUAAACGAGGGCAGCAGAGACAGUAUAACAAGAGCAAUUCUCCUGCACUCGGCUGUAAGACGAACAACCAUGCUUAGGCAACUUCGUGAAGGACUACAACUCUAUGGCUUUAUUGGGGUGAUGGAAAGGAACAGAGAGCUUUGCCGUGGCUUCUUUGUAGCUGGUGAUGAUGAUAAGGUGGACUCUAACUACAUUGUGUCGAAUUUGGCCCCAACUAUGAGCGAAAGCGGUUCACAGAAGCAUGCAAGAGAGACACAAAUUCUAAAUAACUUUCAGGAUUUCCUGCAAGAGCUUGAGGAUGGAACAACUGAAGAUGAUGCUGCUGAUGCGCUUUCUGUCCCACGUGUGCUGCAGUGGUUAACUGGACAGUCACACAGGCAUCUACUACUUUCAGAAAGAGAAAACUUCAAGAUCAAAGUCCACUUUGACCACACUUGUAUGGAACGGAUACCAAACCACACCAUUUGUUUUCCACUUGUUAGUGCAUGUGCACAAUCAAUCACUUUUCCCACGGCACAUUGUGUGCAUUACUCUGAAUUUAAAGAAAAUAUGACCGCAGCAAUCAAAUGUGGUGCAGGGUUUUAUAGGAUCUAAUCUCAGUUCUGUAAUGAGUAUUUUCAUUAUUCAAACUGUUUUAUAGUUAUGAAUUCUUUCCUUACACCUUUUUAAAUUACACCAUUUUAGCAUUAUUACUCAGUGUUAGUUUUAGUACACAAUAUAGACAAAGGGAUUGAAACAUGUGCUUGUUCAUUGUUUUUCUUUCUUAUAAGCUUAGGAUGUUGUGUGGCACUACAUCAUUUCAAAAGUAGUGGGUGGAGCACCAUCAUUCCACACUUGUGGACUUUAUACCCCUAUAGCCAUGAUGCCAAAAAGUUUGUCCUAUUCCAGAGUUCUAUUCUAGGACAGACAACCUUUUAUGUAUUUAUACCACUGUCAGCAAUGGGUGCCACUUAAAUUAUCUAAAUGUAUUCAUAACAAGGGGUGUCUACAGAUGUUGUGUUUACUUAAAUGUGAACUUUUUCAAGCUGUUAGUGUUUUGUAAUACAUUAUUAAUGAACAUCUUACUUCCACUCAAAUAAAAAGAAGUAUAUUUA